AAUGAAUCUGAGGAGCUUCUUAUAUAUCUGUCCAAUUCCUUUAAGUUGCAUGGAAAGCGUAUCCUCAAGUUGCUCCAGAAGAUCUUCAGCUGGUUGCCCUUAGUGACAGUAAUCGACCACCGGGUGCUGAUAGUCCAUGGAGGAAUCUCAGAUACCACUGAACUCGCUCUGAUAGCUCGAGUGGACAGACACAGAUAUGUGUCUGCUAUGAAGCCCCCGAAGAAGAGGACUCCAUCCCGCAAAAGUUUAUAUGCAGAUUCAGACAAUUGUAAUGAGAUGAUCAUCUGUCAGAACAGAAGGGGCUCAAUGACCUUUCCCAAAACGUUUGCUGCUCGGGACAGUUUCCAGAGACGCUCCCUUCAAGACUUUUCAAAGACUGUGGCUCGGACGGUUGAGGAGGAGUUUGAGGUCCGUCGUAGGCAAGCAGAGUUUAGCAUGUCCAGGUUCAGCCAGUCUCACGGCGUUCUGAGCACUGCUCCGUCCUGUGAGUCUGAGCCAGACUCAUCUGAGCUCAUCGACACCAGCGAUGAUGAUUGGAAACAGAUUUUGGACCUACUGUGGAGUGACCCCAUGUCCCAGGACGGUUGCGUUCCCAACGAGGUCCGUGGCGGAGGUUGUUACUGGGGUCCUGAUGUCACCGAGGACUUUCUGAACAGACACAAUCUUCAGCUCAUCAUCCGCUCACACGAGUGCAAGCUGGAUGGUUACGAGUUUUGCCACAAUCGUAAGGUCCUGACCCUUUUUUCAGCCUCUAACUACUAUGAGAUUGGCAGUAACAGGGGAGCCUUUGUCAGACUGGGUCCAGAUCUCAUGCCUUACUUUGUUCAGUAUCAGGCCACCAGUAUGAUCCGAGGACUGAACUUUCCACAAAGUGUAAAACGCACAGAGCACACUGCUCUCAAAGUCCUACGAGAGCAACUGUUUGUGCACAAGUCAGAUCUUCUCAGUGCCUUUCAAGAGCUUGAUAAGGAGAACACAGGACUGAUCUGUUUGUCCGACUGGGCCAGUGCAAUCGAGCGAGUUCUUCACCUGGAUCUGCCCUGGAAAGUUCUUCAGCCUCAGCUAGUGUCCAGCACCACUGAUGGGAUGCUGGACUACCACGGCUGGUUCCGGGAUCUCGGCAUAAAAAAUCACAGCUCUGAGCACAUUGAGCAGAGUAUGCUGGAGACACUGUAUAAACAUCGCUCCACCCUGGAGACCAUUUUCAGAAUAGUGGACACAGAUAAUUCAGGUCUCAUCUCUUUUGAGGAUUUCCGUCAGACGUUGAAACUGCUCAGUGCCUAUCUGAAAAUGGAGAUCUCUGAUGAGGUCAUCAAUGAGCUCGUCAUCAGCACGGACACAAAUAAUGACGGUAGCAUUGACAUUGAUGAAUUCAUGGAGGCUUUUCGGCUGGUGGACAAAGGCAGACUUGAGAGAGGUGAAAGUCUAUUAAAGUUCAAGCAGGAAUAUCAGCGACUUCCUCAGGAGGAAGAAACCUCACAAAUUGCAGACUCUACUGGCCCGCAGAUUUCACAAGGUCCACCUUCACAAACUUCAGGUUCACUUGGUACACACACUGAAGAUCUCGGUGACAUUUCUGUUGUUGUUCCACCACAAUAACUGUUUUCUGUUGAAAAAAAAAAAUGAACUGUUGUAAACUGUAGUCUUCCUCUUGGUAUUUCACCUUCCGGAUGAACCUGUAUCUGCUUUUUUAGACUUUGAAUCUUCUUCUCUAAACCAAAUACACUGUAAAAAUGAAUAUGCUUCAUCUAAUCAAUAGAAUUAUGGCAACAGAUUAC